AUGGACGAGGAAUCGAGGCCCGCUGCGUGUCCUGAGCCUCCACCGCUCCCAUACUCCUUGCGCUCGAGGAAGAAAUCCAUCGCCAUCUUCUGGACCAUCUUCGUGAUUGAUACUCUGGCCCAGCCGCUUGUCCUCUACUGGGCGCUCUGGUAUGCCACGGAUCUUUCGCAUAACCUGGUAUUCAGUAUUGUGACGGCUUCGUUAGGAGGUGUAUCGGUAUUCGAAUACUUCUAUCGUCUCUACAACUUGUUCCGCAAGGACUCGCGAGCCCGGCCAUUGAACGCUAGGAAGGGAUGGCUGGAUUUCUUCCAUAUCAAUUUCACCAUCGUCUGGUUGAUACUGGCGAUUGAGCUAAUUGUAGGAACCGUUCCUGCAGAACCAUAUGUCCGACUAGUUGCCAUGGUCCUUCCGACGGUGAUGUUUUACUUCGGCAGCAUGUACCUGGCACUCGACAUCCUUCGUGUUUGUGGUGUUAAAGCGCCUUUUCGGAUUUCAUCAACGCCCAAAGGCUCGACAAUGCCGACCGCCCUAUAUGUUUUGAUCGAGGAUGUAGUGGCAGUUGAUGGGGGUGGUGGUCAGAUUUACCGAUAUGCGCUUCGCACCCGAUAUCUAUCUAGCCCGUACUUCCGGCGUAUGCUGUUCCAGAUGAACUGUUUCUGGGCUGGGGGAUCUAUCGUUGUCGCUGCCGCCAUUACGGCAAUCAUAUUUACUGUUUCAGAGCCAGUUGCAUACACUCUAGGAUGGUCGUUGCCGUUCGCAUGGGCUGGCCUCUGGACGUUGGUCACGAUACCUUGGGUCCAAAGCGAUCUUCGGCGCGAGAAAAAGGCUUGGGCAGAAAACCGGGGCCAGGGAGGUAUCCCGUACACCGAUGACCCUGAUGCGCCCAGUGGUGGUCGGACCAGGCUUGAGGCGAUGCAGGAUCAUCUGCCAAGUUUCGUGCCUUGGUUCCGGGAGAAGCAGGCUCCCCCGUCUACACCGAGUGAUCAUUGA